CAUUGAGACAAAUUGUUUGAAAAAUUUUCUUUGUUUUUUUCUAGUUAUCUAAUCUAAAUUUUUCAUUUUAGUUGUCAGAGUUGGAGCAAAGAGUUUUGGAAGCAGAAGGUCGUGCUGAGGAAGCUGAAGAUAAGGUACGGGUGAUGGAGCAGAGACUUUGUGCUAGAAAUGAGUCCAAUGAGCCACAACAACCACUAAUUAAUAACGGAAGGCAACUCUCAGGAGGAAUCAGCGAAUGUAGUGCUAUUGAAUCACUAGAAACACAGGUGAAUGAGCAGAAGCAGUUACGGUUACAAGACGCGCGGCAAGUUGAAGCUAAAGCUGCGCGCAUCAAGGAGUGGGUGACGAAUAAACUUCGAGAGUUAGAACAACAAAAUCAAUUAUUAAGGGAUCAGAAUGCACGUUGCUGUCAUCAACUUACUUUACUGAAGAAUCAUAUCGCAUCCCAAGGUUCCAGAUAUAGCACAGUACCAACUCGGUCGAGUAUCACUAGAUUAGAAGCAACUUCUUCUGGUACACAUUCAACUGGUCAUUCACCAUCUGCAGUUAGGCGGAGACUAUCAGAGACUCCAGAUACAGUAUUGGCAGGAGGACAAUCUUAUGAUUCCAACAUGCAUAACAUUCAGGUAGCAGGACACCGAAGAAAUUGUUCCACAGGAACCGACAUGAGCCAUUCACUUGCACAAGAUUUAGCAGAAGCCGUAGAUGGCCUGGCUCUGCAUAACCGUCCAUUAUUGCCUGCAACUUCGUCUUCCCAUUCGGAUUUUUUACAUGACUAUGCUGAGAUUUAUACACCUUCUCGUGAAGAUAAACUUCCUUUGUGGCUUGCCAACAAUAAAGAUGGCAUGGACGACACCGGAGGUUCAAAGCGCGUCAGCUGUGAUACGAGCAUUAUUGAUACAUGCAUGCCUAAACCACCUACUCCACCAUUGCAUCGAUUUCCUAGCUGGGAGGCAAAAAUUUAUCAGUUGGCGAGCGACGGUCUUAAACAAUGGGAUGGUGAUGCUACUGAGAGUGAUAGUCAUGGAGUUAAUUUAUCUAGUGGAUAUUGUGAUAUAAGUGUGCCUGUUUAUGCAACUGUCAAAGGGAGAGCCAGCCAAAUUCGUUCCAUGCCUUUUACUGGCGAUUCAUCUGACGACAGCAGCGAAGGAGAGGAUGGAGGUGGCAACUUACUACAACAGGGAAGUGCAUCUUUGGGAUUACUUCAACAUACCAGUAAUACCCUUGGGCACCAUAGUAGUCUACCCCCUUCUAGUCAUCAAUCCUCUGACAGUUCUGUUUCGGGUUCAAGUCCUUCCAAAAGUGCGAAAAACGGUCAAAAUUUGUCGCCUGCCAAAAACAAACCCAGAGUGGUUUCAGACACGUCAUUCGAGUCCGGCUUAUCUGAUGACUAUGCAAUACCACCUGACGCCUUGUCCUAUGAUGCUACCACUUGCGAUGCUUCCAUGCCUUCUUUAUUAGUCAGGGCUUCUUAUGCAGAUAGUCCAAGGAGGACAGAAUCUUUAGAAAAGAUUGGACAUCUUACAAAGCUUGGAGGAAAAUUGAAGACAUGGCGUAAGCGAUGGUUUGUGCUGAAGAAUGGUGCUUUGAUAUAUUGGAAAUCGCAGCACGAUGUAAACAGAAAACCUCAAGGACAAAUAAUUUUGGAUGACAGUUGUAGAAUAACAAGACAAGAUGGAGCAAGUACAUUUGAAAUUAAUACAGGGAAAAAAAUAUAUUAUUUGACUGCAGAUUCUAUUUCUACGAUGGAAGAGUGGGUUAGAAUAUUACAGAAUGUACAAAGAAGAAAUGCGGCCAGGCUUCUGCUUAGCAAGGAGGAUCAGAAACCAACAGUUCAAGGAUGGUUGACGAAAGUUAAAAAUGGUCAUGCCAAGAAAUGCUGGUGUUCAUUAAUGGGCAAAAUGUUUUUAUAUUUUAAGACGCCUAAUGAUACUAAUCCUAUGGGGCAAAUAAACAUGCGCGACGCGCGAGUUGAAGAAGUUGAGCAUAUUUCUGACUCCGAUUCUGAAGAAAGAGAAGAACAUGGUGGCACUUCACAAGCCAGGCUGACAGUGUCUAUAUACCCUGAGCAUCAGGGUCCGACGUAUUUAAUUCUACCGAAUAAACAAGAACGGGAUAAUUGGUUAUAUCAUCUCACCAUUGUUAGUGGCGCUGGGUCUAAUUCUGGAACUUUGUAUGAGCAACUAGUUCAGAAACUUAUGGAAACUGAUGGAAAUCCUGCAUGUGAAAUUUGGCGGCAUCCUCACCUCUUACAUACGAAAGACAAUAUUCAUUCGCCUUUGACAACCUUGCAUUCAGAGGGACUGCAGGCAGAAGCAAUUAAGCUAUUUAAGUGUUGCCAGCUAUUUUCAUCGGCUGCUAUGGAACAAGCAGGAAUUGAUUAUCAUGUGGUGCUUGCACAAAAUGCUUUGCAGCAGUGUCUUGACGCGCCCGAACUGCAAGCGGAGCUGAUAUGCGCUCUGGUUAAGCAGACGUCCAGACAUUUGUCGCACAACGCCACACAUUCGACUGGUUCUUCAGCUACCGCGUCACUUACUAAACCUGCCAGGCAACUGCUCUUGUGCGCCACGCAAACGCUGUUUACAUGUGAUACGCAUGGUGUGCAGAAUGCGCACGCUAGCGUCGAUAAUGGUUCGCCUACUAACUCCAUACAGACACCAGCAAUUCCAUCAACACCGGCAUGUUGUAAAAGCAAUCCUCCGACUUACAGCUUCAUCCAGUGUUGGCAACUUCUAGCUUUGGCCGUAAGCUUAUUUACACCUCGAAAUAGCCGUUUGUUAUGGUAUCUUAAGUUACAUUUGUCACGCAACUCUUGCGAGACAAAAACAGAAUGUGGCAAAUACGCGGCCUAUUGUGAAAGGGCUUUGGAGAGAACUAUACAAAAUGGUGGAAGGGAGUUAAAACCGUCACGAAUGGAAGUCUUGAGUAUACUUUUGAAGAAUCCUUAUCACCACUCUUUGCCUCACUCUAUACCAGUUCAUAUGGCCAAUGGUGCUUAUCAAGUUGUCGGUUUUGAUGGUUCUACAACUAUCGAAGAAUUUUUAAGGACGUUGAGCCAGGAGAUAGCUUGCAGAGAUAGCUCAGCUAAUGGUUUCACAUUAUUUAGUGACGAUCCAAUUGAAAAGGAUUUGGAAAACUUUAUUGAACCAGCAUCCAAGCUAUGCGAUGUAAUAUCGAGAUGGGAAACGGCGCUUCGAGAAAAAGGCUCUGGUAAGUUUGAAAAUUCUCGAGUAAUCCAAUUAACCUACAAGAACCGUCUUUACUGGAAACAUUCAGCCCGCAUGGAAACAGAUAAGGAACGUUUGUUAAUGUGCUACCAGGUUAAUCAGCAAAUUGUGGCCGGUCGUUUCCCACUGAGCAGAGAACUAGCUAUAGAGAUGGCUUCUUUGAUGGCACAGAUUGAUCUGGGUGACCGUUCUCGGGUCUCUGGUAAUACAUGUAUUCCCAUUGACAAAUUUUAUCCUUAUCGGUACAGAGAUUCUCUGUCUAGCGAAGGCUUACGGGAUCUACAAGAACUCAUUGGAAGUAAGUGGUUUGCUUUGAAAGGCAGAAGUGCUAUGGAUUGUGUGAGAAUCUAUUUAACUUGCGCCAGGAAGUGGCCUCUAUUUGGGGCAAGCAUGUUUCAGGCUAGGCUUAAAUUUGGUGAUAGAAAUACUGCAUGGUUGGCUGUAGCCGAAGACAGCGUCUCUGUUUUGGAAUUGACAUCAAUGGCAGUCGUAUCCAAAUUUGCUUACAGCAGUGUCAUAACAUUUGGAGGUUGCCAGGAUGAUUUCAUGUUAGUUGUUGGAUCUGAAGAUGGUUGCGGAGGGGAAGAAAAAAUGUUGUUUGUGAUGAGCAAACCAAAAGUUUUAGAAAUCACUUUGUUAAUAGCUGAUUACAUGAAUGCGCUGGGUCAUGCUAUACCAGGGACUCCUCAGAUGAAUACUUUAACAAGAAAUGGAUCUAGAAGGUCUUUUAGACCUCUGGUUGUUGCUUCGACAUGCAAUAAUACACUGAGCACUCAUGGCCAACCUGAUAUCCUAAAAUCUACACCAGAUCAUCAAUGUAUGACAACUGAUUCGAAAAGAAGGAUUCACACUGAUUCUACAAUGGCAAGAGAAUAGUUUUAACACAAGUACUCAUUUGGGAUAUGCAAUAAAAACAGACUUACAUUGCAUGCCUUUAAAUUACAAUUUAUACCUUUAUUAUAAAGAUUGUCAUCAUGUUAUCAAGU